UAUGUCACGUGACUUUGCGAUGGGAUACAACAUUCAUGAUGAUAAACAGGUCUGACGAAUUGAACAAAACAUAACAGACUUUAUUUCCUUUGGGAAGUAUGAUACCCAAUGGAAGUCUGAUCAGAUUUAUCUACAAAUGUUCACCCUAUUUCUUUAGUCAGUUCUGUGUUAUUUUAAUCAGUUUAAGUCAUUGUAAGAUGAAAAAAAAUUACAGAAAAGUGCUUCUUCAAGUUCUUGUAGUUGAGUAACUAUGAAACCCAAAAAAGGAGAUUCUGGCUCAGAGAUGGAAGAAGACUUGAAAGAUCCCUUGCAGUUGACAAAGGAGUUGGUCCUGCUGAUUGUUGAGGCAAGAACUCCUGAUGUGUCAGUGAAGGGUAGAGUUGAAGGCCCCCACUGCCCUGUCCUGAGAGGUCGAGUGGCCCACAAAUGUACUGUUGACAAAGUAGAGUGCACCAGAGCCAGUGAAUUCUGUUGCCAGACUCACCAGUUGUACCAUAACAACAUCCCUAUUUGCUUGGACAUACUUUUCUUUCCUGAAUGUUACCAUGGCCUACAGGAAUCCCUGGCCACAGAAGGAAAUGGAGCCCUAGCAGCUGAAGAAAAUUCCCUCCUUAUUGAGAGAUGGACAAUCAAAAGCUUGAGGAGGAGGCAAGAUGAAGGUAUGUCUUCCAACUUAUUGCUCCAAGCUGUGAGAUCAUAUCUACAUUUCUCCCAGAUCAGUUCUUGGUUGUAUUCCACAGGAGGGAAACUGCCUGGAUAUUUGGUAUAUAGAGUCUAUGCACCUGGUGAGGAGGCCAACCUUCAGUUUUCAGAGCCGCCAGACAAACACACUUUCCCAGUUUGUUCUGCCAAACACACAGAGGUGACAGUCAGUGUACUGUCGCUCAAGAGACAACCCAGUGUCCCCAUCCUGCUAUGUACUCUCAGCAAAUCCUCUGAGAGCCAGUCACAGGCAGCAGGAGACAAGUGGCAGCAUGAUGCUACAGAUGAGGCAGCUCGAAUCAGUUCUUCAAGAUUUGUACAGAAUGGGAGCUCUGUGGAAGCAGGGACCCACUCUGCAUCCUCGGCAAAGUCCUCCAGAGGUGCAGUUUCUAAGAGGGCUGGUGAAGAAAAGAACGGCUGGUAUAAGCAAAAAAAAUCUGAUUCAAUUGGUGGUAAGUCAGAAAAUUAUCCACCAAAUGAUGCCACAAACUACCAGAAGCUGCAGGCUAAGUUCUACAAUGAAAGCUCCACUCAGAAAAAAUUAAUGACUGACCGAGAAGGAGCAAGGAAGAAAGGCAACAAGGUGAAGAAAAAAGAUGGAGAGAAAGAUGAGAGAAUAGAUCAGAGGAAGACAAAGUUUCAAAAAAAUCUUGACCAUGACAUGUUCAAUUGGGAAGAUACAAAUGAAGACAUGUUUGACCAAUCUGAGUUGAUGGUAGGACUUGUUGCUGGCAGCGCAAAGGAUAAAGUCAUGACAUUUAGUGAUAAGUCCAUAGGUACUUCACAGUUGGCAGAACAUCUUUUUUUAAGUCAACACAAAGACUUUGAACUCUUUCAAAGAAAAUCUUGUGAAAGGGCAUACAUAGAUAAACUUUCCAAACGACUUGGCACCAAAAAUCACAGACAAAUAAAAACAGUCCCUGAAAGCUGCCAUCUUGGCCAGACAUUUUUGGAGCCAGCUGCCAAGUUUUCAGAACAUUCAUACAAUAGUUCAGAGACAUUUAUGGAUGGUAUGAGUGCACAGGAUGUGGUUGGAAAGUUCAAUCGUGACUCCAACUGUUUCUCUGAGUUGUCAAUCAUGGUUCCACAUGUUUAUGAUAUUUAUGAAGACUCGGACAGCACGCCAGUGCCAUCUCCAAACCAGAUGACUAUUAGUUUUAAAGGCAGACCUGAUACAACGAUGGUAGAAAAGGCUUGUGAUCUGAGCUACAACAACACCUUUUCUCAAAAACCCAUGGUGAGCUGCUCGGAUUCCUGCUCUUUUUCAUCAUCUGUUCCAAAAGAGACAGAAGCAAAAUAUAGCCCCAACUCUCUCUCCACUUACCAGGAUAUAAGUGGCAGAGCAGCAGCAACCAAGGAAGUCUCCAGUAAAAUUGUGAUAGAUGGACCAAUCUCUCAAAACAAACCUCAUGCUCCCUGUUCUAGAAAACUUUUCCAAGAUAAUUUGCUACCACUGGUAUCUUAUGAUGCUAACAGUGACUCCUUUGUCCAGGUUGACCUUUCAACUCAGACGAAAGUGUUGCACAGUCCAAAAGUUCUUUUCUCCUGUGAUAUUCCUCAUGACUACAGCCAUAUUCAGCCAUCUCAAAAGAAAUGUAUCGAUUUUGGUGAAACAUGUGAAUCCCAGUACUUCAAAGACAAACUUCUUAGUGGUGUUCUGGAUGUCAGCUCUAUAAGCAAAUAUAUGUCCUGCUUAAAUGCAUUGUCAACAGACCUAGCAGAUAAAACCUCCAUGGAUGUGUCUGACAACACAAUUGUACAAGCUGACUCAGUGAAGUUUGAAGACUCUGAAAGCUCUUCUAAGCCUUGUCCUGGUAUGCAUAAUUCACGAGAUGAAUUCAUGUACAAUUCGAGUCACUCCUUGAAAACUACUUGUCAUGAAGGCUUUGCUGAAAGUCAGGCAGUAGGUAGUGAUGACGUGCUCCAGAAUGUCUUGGAAGACCAGCAUACAUGCACAAGCUCACCAAGUUUGUCUUCUUCUUCCUCAUCGUCCUCGUCAAUAUGUGUGCCUUCAUCUAGUCUUCAUGAAGUAUCAUCUUCAGAGCAGCUGGUUUGCCCAGAUGGUCUUGUGACCGAAACAUCUUUCAAGAACAGCAUGGAUGCCACUUCAACAUCAGCUGUCAAUCCUUUUUUAUACAACAAUAAAGAAAACAAUGUUACCUUAAGUCUUUCAACAGAUAGUGAUAGGCAACCUUUAAUUCAGGCUAAAGUUCAUGACCUUAACUCAUCUCUAAGUCCAACCAAUCUUAUAAACUCAGUCAUACUGACCUCUGGUCAAAAUGGAGCCAAUCACAGCAAUAGCAAGCACUUAUCAUCUGACCAAUCAGAGUGUCUUAACAGUUUGCUAGCGCAUUGUGAUGGUCAAGGUCAGUGUAUUCCCACCCACACACCCACCAUUAAAGAAUCCAAUAAAUCAUACUCUAGUCUUUCAAUUCAUUGUGAUAGGGAUGUCCGACAGUCUUCCCACCUUUUGUCAACUUCUAGCAAUACCAAUCCACUGAUUGCCAGUCAAACCAGUUCCUUCUGGACUGAGAACUCAUUGGAAACUGACUUUAUCAAAUCAGACAUCGAAACGGCUACCAAUUCUGGCAAUUGCAUAAAUUCUGACACUUGUGAUGUUAAUCAGAGAAAUAUAUCUUCAGAAUCUCAUUCAAAUACUUCCAAAAAGACACAAAAUGGUUCCAUGUAUGUACAUUCUUCAGUGCCUUUACAAAAGGACAAUCUUUGGCAUAACUCUAGUGAAUCUAAGACCAUCAAGGUCACCGCAGAGGCUGUAAAGUUUGGCCUUUCCUCCAAAAGAAACAGCGAUGAUGCCAAUGUGGUUUUCUACUUGUCAGACAACUCUGCUUCCCAAUCCACAAACGUAUCAACUAUGUUUAGCACUGACUUGCACACCGUUUCCACAUCUGACAUGGUGUCAAGCCUCUCUUUGGAGAGCAACCCAGAAAUAAGAUCAAGGACUAAUUAUGAAUCCAAGCCUAUGUCUGGCUCCCCACCCUUGCAUGGUGAUCCUCCAGGCUGGACCUCUGUGCCACCUCACCGGACAGUGUCCACCCCUAGCUGCAUGGACAGGGAAGAAAACACACAAGGUCAGAGGUCUGCUCAGCCUGGGAUGAUGAUGAGGAAGGUCGACACCACCAGUCAACUAGGCUUACGUAAGAUGGCAGUGAAGAGUGCUUCUAUGAUUUUUAACAGUCGCUCUGGUCUUCCUACACAGUCUAGUCCUGCACCAUUAAAAAGGAAUCCAGGGGGCAGUUUUGAUUAUGAUGCUAAUCUUCUAAACACAAGAGCUCUUAAAAAUGCAUUUUCAUGUUCCAAGUUGGCAAUGAACAGAAGUGCCAAGAGUCCAGAGAAUGAAGAAGAGAGGAAAAGAGCGCUAAGUACAAGUGCACCAGCAUCAACCAAUUGUUUGCUGGGAAAUUUUGAGGAAUCUAUACUGAAUGGUCGAAUUGAGCCUGUGGGUACAGUUGAAGGUUUUUCUGCUGAGGUUGGUGCCAGUGGUUCAUUUUGCCCGAAACAUCUUUAUCUUCCAGUCUCAGCAUUCUUCUUUGCAUUAUCCGAGGAUAACGCUCCAUCACCUUAUUUGGGCCAUAUAAACUUGGAAGUUGUCAGUAAAAAAGGUUAUCACAUACCAAAGAAAGGAACUGUUCAAGUUACUUUGUUUAACCCCAAUAAAACUGUGGUGAAAAUGUUUGUAGUGAUGUAUGACUUGUCAGACAUGCCAGCCUCCUCACAGACAUUCAUCCGCCAGCGCACGGUUUACAGCCCCACUGACAACAACUCUACUGCUCCCUCAUUUCUGCGAUAUCUCAUACAUUUAAGAUGUGCUAGCAGCCGCUCUGGCAAGAUUUACCUCCAUACUGAUAUCCGGCUGAUUUUUGCCAGGCACAAGCUGGAUAUUGAUGCCAAAAAUAUAUCCUAUGAGCUCAAAUCUUACACUGAAGGACCAAUUAACCCAAAAUACUCCCCUAAGAAAUAGUUGCAUAUAAUGUUAACAAUUUAUGAAAAAAACAAAAAACUAAUAGAUUUAAGCUAUUAGAUUUAUAAAGCUGCAAUAAAUAUAUUAUGAUUAAGUGCAUAAGAAACCAAUGUUGAUACCAAUUUAACACCAUGUUGGCAUAAUUAGUAAAUAAUUGCUUUACUAUGACAUAAUCAAGGAAAAAAUAAAUUUAACUAUUAAAUAGCUGGAUGUUCUCAUGUUUUACUCAAGGAAUCACACCAAACUUUGAAAUGAUUCAUAUUUAUGUAAGAACAACAAUCUAACAUCUUAUUUGAAAGUAUUAUUUAGCAUAAAAAAAACUUAAUUUUUUAAUUCUCUUAUUAAGUUUAGUUAAUAAAAUCUUUAGUUUCUAUACAAUUAUCAUUUUAAAGUGUUGAUACUAAAGUAUCUAUCCAGUUAUCUAAUAACCCCGCCAAUUAUCAUAAUAUCUCUAUUGUGACUUGUUCAGGAUUCUUUUUGAAUUCUAAUAUUGUCACAUUUUUUUAAAUUAAAAUAAAGCCCCAACAAAAACAAGCCAUGUUCUUUUGAAUGGAUUGAUUUGAUGACAUUAUCUUUAUGUUUGUUUUAUGAUUUGACAGCCAUGUGACCGGUGUAGAAGUUAUGCAUUAUUGUUCUGACAGUGAUAACAUUAAAACGUAUGGAUAAAUUAAAUGAAAACAUGUGUUAAAUUUACAAAAGCUGAAACUUUUGUUCAUUUUUCUAAGUACAUAUUUCAAUAAAAAAGUUUAAUAUACCCUCUGCUGAUGUACUGACAUUUUCGGAUGUAUCCUCAAUGCAAAGUUGGCUUUUUCUAUACUUGAAUUAAGAAUCUAGGCCAGUUUUGAUAAGUGAUGAAGGAUUGAUAUGCCUCAGUUUUUUAAAACAAAUUCCAGUCACAGGUCAUGUUUAUGGGAAAAAUGAAAUGUGUCAUAGAACAUAAAAAUUUGGGAACCAUUGGUCUUAAUGUUCAUGUCUGUAGUAGUAGUAGUACUGUCCUUUCCCUUCCAGUUUAGGAUUGUAAUUAUUCAGAUUCACGCGCCAUUUGAGCAUGGAAUAAGAUGCCUGUUUUACCCUGGAAAAAUAAUGACUUAGUUAUGUUUACAUUUUAAGUCUCUAAUUAACACACACCACUAGAUUGAUAAAUGGAUACACAUAGGAUGUAAUUAUUUUUUUUCUCUAAUUUGUUAAGAUGCUGCAUUCAUUUCCAGCAGGUCUACCUUUAUUUUAAGUCUUUACUCUUGAGUAAAUCUCUUAAAAUUUUAAUGUAACAGUAUCUGAAAGUCUAUUAUUUUUUCUCUUGUCACUACAUGAAAGGAAGAAUACACAGAUUUUUAAUAUUACUCAUAUGGAUCUAAUAUUCUUAUUAUAGUCAAGCCAGGAUCAAGAUUCGUACAGAAAACAUAACUCAUUAAAAUUGUGUACUUUCAAGAAUGUCCAUUGAAGAACUUAUGUGGUAGGUCUGCUGCAAUAUUACACUGUUUUGUGAUGAGAAUCUGUUUUUAGUAUAUUUGGGGUACCAUAGAUAUUUGUUGUAUAUUAGUCAUCAUCACUGCGAAGUUACAAUGGAGUAUAUAGUUAGUAAAUUUAAUUUCUGUAGCUGCUAAAGUUCUCCUUACAGAUCUUGGGGUCCAUGGAGCAGAUAAUGUACAGCUAACAUAGGUGUCAAGAGGGCUAAGUACGACACUUGGCUUGUCUUGGCUACCUACGAAGGGGUGUU